GCCAAUCAGCAACUGUUCUCAGUUUUGAACGUAAAGCGGUUCAUCGCCAUGGUGCUUAGUAUUGUGCAAUGGUUCUGUAAUAGAAGACUUCACAUUUUAUACUUACAACGCUAUUAAGUAAUCUUGAGAGGGGAUCUACAUGUUGAUAAUAAGUUGUUGAGAUCCAAGAUGAAUGCAAGAGGAAAAAAUGGGCCGGUGUUUAUCAAGACGUACAGUAAACGAAUGCGAAAGGUGGAGCCUUGGUUCUCCCCUGACCUGAAGAAAGCAGCUUUCUCUUUUUCAAGCACUCCUUCAUCAGACCAGUCCAUGCCGGAGACUACACAACCCAAGAAACGGAAAGUGAGAGAAACAGCCUCCCGCCCAACUAAGUGCAAAGGCAUGACUGCUAUAAAGGAGAACGAGAGUGAUGAGGAAAACUACGCACCAUCUUCAUCACUCAGAAGGAAGACAAAUGCCAAACCAUCAGUAAGAACUACAGCUGGAAGAAAGGUGGCAAAAAGAAAAAAACAAUCAAUCAUUUUCAGCAGCAGUGAAAAUGAGGAUGACUCCUUUAAGAUGAAGAAUGAAGUCCAUCCAAAAACAUCUGCUGAUGAAUGUGCUGGUGCAAAGAAAGUGUUAGACCCUCCCCAUUUGAGCAAGUUUGUCACACAUCGCAAAAGACCACUGCCACCUGUCCAAAAUAAGAGGAUCUCUGUUGUUCUUCACCGCACGCUCGAUUCCUCAGAUGAUUUCCUCCCUUCGCUCUCCAAAAACAAGCGUGUUGCGAGCAGAAGGCCAUUGUACAUGCAUAACCGUGACUCAAAUAAUCAUGCUGUUCACAAGAACCGCAAACGCUCACAGAACCGUGUGGCUCUGGCUGAGGUCUCUUUUAAUGAAAGCGAUGACCAGCAGCUUCCGAGUAAACGCCCCCUUCUAUCAAGCACCCCUUCUGUGGUAUGCAGACAGCUCCAGAUGUUACCAGAGCCCUCCAUCAGUGAGAUCUCCUCCCUCAGCUUUGAUGAACUUCACCAACCUACAGAAAACAACAACAGCCUUCAUAGUUUAAAGAAUGUCCACACUGCACAGGAGAAGAUAAGUCUCUGUUCUGGAGAGAGAGUGGUGGAGCAGAUUGAGCGAGAAGAGGAAGCGGUUUUGGAAGAGCAAGCUGUGGAACAGAGAAAAGAAGGAUGUGCAGAGGCCAAGUCUGCCCAGGCAAGCACAGGUUUUCAAUGUUUGUCACCAGAGGCACGCCUAAAAUCUUUAACUGAUGAGCUAAAAGAGAGGUGCCGCACAGUUGAUGUGGCCGUAACACUCAAGAAAACAGAUGUCUCAGACCAUCUACUGGUGCAGAGCUGUAGCAGGGAACGGGAAGAGAAGAUUGCCUCAGUUUAUUUGAAGUCCUCUGUGGCAGCAACCAGUCAGAACAGCCAAAGCUAUAUAACUGUAUCAUCCAGCCGCUCUUCCCUGUCUCAGCCGUCAAUCUAUAUCUCCUCCUCCAGUUCUUUGUCCACUUCCCCUUUCUCUGGAGCUGUUUGCUCAAACCAGUCACUUAUCGAGCGUCUUAAAGCUAAAUGUUUGUUAUCUUCCCUUGCGGUCAGCAUUCAACGUCUUGACUUGGGUGCAUAUUUGUCUGCCCACCAGGGGGCAACAAAAGCCCCUUGUACUGAGUCCCCAUAUACCUGCCACAGAGAAAAUGCCACCUCUCCACCUUUUAAGGAGACAGGGAAUGCUGUCUUAAACAGUCCAGCAAAUAACAGGACUUCCAAUAAUGCUGAAGCAGUUGUCCAACACUUGUCUGCAUCGUUCCUGCCACCCCCAGUCUCUCCACCUGCCUCUGCAGCUCAUAGCAAAACACGGCCGCCUGCUGUGCCUAAAGAACGCACAGGUGCUGGUACUGGCACUGCUCGUAAAGUUUGCGUGAGUGGACUUAAUGUCAGCCGCUGGUCAAAGAGGGGUACUGGAGAAUUCAAUGAGAAACGGAAGAAAAAGGAAGUGCGGAAAAAGGCUGUGUCAGGAGACUACAGUUCCUGUAGCAGCAUGUUGUCUGCUGGAGCCGACACGUAUGCUGGGGAAUCUACAUGUGGCUGGCUGCAGGGCACCAGUGGGAUUGGUCUGGCUGUGACACCUCUCAGAAUGGAGCAAAUGAAUCUGUCUUCCAUCCUUGCCAACUUCACUCCAGACACACUCACAACACACUCCUGGGGCCGACUAAAGGCUGCACUGUCCCUGCAUAAGAAGAAAACUGCAUUUCCCACCCCUCGACGCUUGAUUCAGUCUCAUCUGAGGUCCCCAGGCUCUGGGUUUCCAGCUGACAACAGUGUAGACCUGUUUGCUUCCCCUUUCUGCACACCAUCCAGAAUCACACCUUCACGCAUGCUUCGGUCCACCAUGAACACCCCUAUGAUUUCAUAUGACGAAGAUAUCAGUGAUGCAGAAAAAGUGUAUCAGGAAUGCCAGCAGAACGGCCCAAUUUCCUUCAGUGACUGUAUCCCUCCAGCUCGCAUGAAACACUGCAAUAAGAUUGGUGAAGGGACGUUUGGAGAGGUCUUCUCAACCAUAAAUGAUUCCAACGAGACGGUUGCUCUCAAAAUCAUCCCAGUAGAAGGCAGUCAGCAGGUCAAUGGUGAACACCAGAAAACUUUUGGUGAAAUCCUCCAUGAAAUCAUCAUUUCAAAAGAGCUGAGCAGCCUUAACACGAAGGAGAUUAACAAGACGGACGGUUUCAUUGGGCUCAACAAUCUACAUUGUGUUCGAGGACGCUAUCCAGAUGAUCUGCUCAAAGCCUGGGACAAGUUUGACCGUCAGAAGGGAUCUGAGAAUGACAGACCUGAUUUCUUUGAUGACGAGCAGCUGUUUUUAAUCCUGGAGUUUGAGUUUGGAGGGAGUGAUCUAGAAAACAUGAAUGGAAAGCUGUCUUCCAUGGUCCAGGCCAAGAGUGUUCUACAUCAAGUCACUGCAGCUUUGGCCGUAGCUGAGCAAGCGCUGUGCUUUGAACACAGAGAUCUUCAUUGGGGAAACAUCCUGGUGAAGAACAUUAAGCACAAGCACAAUGAGUUCAUUCUGAAUGGAUCAGUGCAUUCUGUAGAGACACGAGGGGUUCACGUCAACAUUAUUGACUACUCACUCUCACGCCUGGAGAUCGAUGGACUGACGGUGUCAUGUGAUAUAUCUAAUGAUGAGGAGUUGUUUAUGGGUCAGGGAGAUUAUCAGUUUGAAAUCUACCGUCUAAUGAAGAAGGAAAACAAUAACUGCUGGUCCAGCUAUAAUCCACAUUCCAACGUGUUGUGGCUGCACUAUCUGGCUGAUAAACUGUUGAGCAUGAACUACAAGACCAAAGCCCAGACCAACCAGCAGAGGACAAUGAAGAGUGCCCUUAAAUCUUUCCAGUCGGAUAUUCUCAAUUAUCCGUCAGCUACAGAAGCUCUUAUGAACUGCAAAUUAUUUCAGUGAAACAUUUGUUUUAAUUAACACAAUAGAUAGACCUGUAUAUUUAGUUACUAGUUCAGGGCAAGUACAGUAUUCUAACGUUUUGUAAAAAGAUAUUAAAAAACAAAUAAAGAACAUGUGCAAUCAUGCAAUUUAAAAAACAAAA